AUGACAUUGUUCUUGAUUGCAAGGAAUAUAACCCAGGCGUACCGGCUUAUGCGACCGUCGUAUGGAACUCGAGAAAGGGCCGGCCUCCUAUCAUCUAUCAGCAUUGCCUACUCUUCGAAGAACAGACUGUACUCGGAUCAAGGCGACAACAAUAGAAUGAUAACAAAGAAUCUACAUGAGUUGAAGAGUGACUUUCGGCAUCAGAGGAACGAUUUUGAAGCCAUUUGCUACACAUCGCAGCGAAUAUUUGGUUUGCUUAUGGAUCUAACCACCGAUUUUUCGAAACUUUCGUACAGGAAAAGUUCAUUCCAUAGAGUCUUCAGAGUUUUUUGGAUUAAAAGCCAAUUCCCCAAAUUGCCUCCAAAGCCGCGGACGGAAAAGCAACUUCGUGAGUUCGUUCAUAAACUUACAACAUUUAAAUUUCUUAACAAUUCCCACAAAGCUGCAACUAUUUUACGAAAACUCUUUGCAAACGACAAUCUUGGUUUUAUUCACUCUGUCAAGUAUAGCAACAAGCUGAUUGACUUCUUUUUGGACAAGAAUGAUGAAAUCAUGAUCAAAAGAAUAUUUCGCCGUAUGGAAAAAGAGAACAAAAAGCCCAAUGCAAUGACAUUCAAUCUUUUGGGAAAACAUUAUCUGAAAGACACAAACGUUGUACUUGAGCGACUAGCAAUCUGGGAAGCUAUUUUACUGCGAAUGAAGUCAUUGGACGUCAAGACGGAUCUUUGUACAUACUACAUAUCCUUGAGCCUCAUGCCUACAGAAGUACCUGCUAAGCAAGAACUGAAACAGCUAAUUCUUUCCCAUGGUCUGCACCGAGCUGCAAGUCAAUUUCAAGAUAUACAUAUUGCUGACAUGCUGAACAGCGGUUGCUCUCUUUUCGAAAUAUUGAACUACUAUUAUAACACCGACGGGAGACUUGAUGUCAAUUGUAUGAAUAGCGUAAUUUUCAAAUUCCUUCAAACUGGAAAUGAUUUUGAAGGAGCGUGGAAAUUUAUGAUUCAAGAACACAAACUUCGGGGAAUCAAACCAAAAAGUUCCACCAUGACUAUCUUUAUGAAGCAUGCUCGCGAGUGCAAAAGAUUGAGAACCAUGAUCCAGAUUCUGAAUUCAUUUGCAGAACUUUACAGGCUCGAGAGUUCGCCUGCUUUAAGAACAAUGAUGCAGUCCCUUUUAACCGACAACAUUACUUUGCAAAAACAUUGGAUUCCCCCUAUUUUGACCUUUGUCUACAUUCGCCAUUUCCGAUCUUCAAUCAAUAAUUUUCAGCGAAAAGAUGUUCUACUGAAGCAAUUAGCUCAUAAAUUCAACGUUGAAUUUGACGACAGUCUCUUAUAUGAGAAUUUGAACAAUUUUGACAAGCGAAUAUUUGAUGCCUUGAACAGCGUAGUGAUACGUGAUCCACGAAUUGACUUUGAUGAGCUGGAUGAAAACGAAUGGAUGGAAAAAAUUACGGAAGAAUGCAAAAAUGCUCUGUGCUAG